UUGGCUACACUUUUCUGCAGUAUCAUACCAGUGUUCAAUAUGGCAAGACCAUUAGCAAAAAUAUGUGACAUCAAUGACAGCAAAGAACUUUGGAAAGUUUCUGUUCGUGUGCACCACAAAUGGACAGUUGUUUCGAACAAGAGGGAGCAUUUUGAGAUGAUUUUUGUUGAUGUAUCGGGUGGUGACAUACAUGUUGUUGUUCCUGCACCGCAUGUAUCUCUUUUUUCUGAAAAAAUGGUCUUGGAUCAUAGUUACACUGUUUCCAAUUUUAAGGUUCAGGCUAAUGUUGCGGCUUUCAGACCUUCGUCUCAUAAGUUUAUGUUGAAGUUUACUGCUGGCACUACGGUUACGGAUGAUAACAACGCUGAAAUACCUCCAAAGCCGUUGGUGUUUACUAAAUUUACUGAUAUAAUAAACGGCAACUUUAACAAGGAUGUUUUAAUAGAUGUCAUUGGUAUGGUGGAAAGUAUUGGGUAUUCACAGACAACAUCAGGUGCCCGGAAGCAGCAGAUUAACAUGAUGCUGCGUGACGGGGGUGAGAAUACUAUCAAUUGCACGCUUUGGGAAUCCUAUGCUGAACAAUUCAUGAAGUUCAAGCAGGAGCGCGGAGAUGAUUCUGGUCCUAUUUUUGUCAUGAUUCAAUAUGCUAAAGUCAAGGAACAGGGUAAGUUUCCAUUGUCCGUGACAAACACGUUUAAUGUUACCGUCCUUGGUCUAAAUACUGAUUUACUGCCGAUGAAAGAGUUUAUAAAAAGUUUUCCGAAGGAUUCCAUGAUUACGUUGUCUGGCCAGGAGGGUUCCAAUUCACAGCUUUCAGCACAGAACUCUGAAAAUCAACAGAUGACUCCUAUUACAUUUUGUGCGACUGUGGGAGAAACUAAAAUGCUGGUUGCCUCUCCGUAUGGCUGGUAUUAUCGUGGUUUUCAUGCUUGCUCAUGUAUUGCGCAUGGUGAGAGAGCUCCGUUUGAGUGUGAGGCUGGACAUUUCACUGAGGCAGAGAUUUUUAGGUAUAAGAUUGAGAUUGAGGUUACUCAUGCCGGGAAUAGCUGUAACUUUUUAUUUUGGGACCGAGAGUGUGAGUUACUUUUAGGAUUUUCUACUUCUCAGCUGCGUCAUACAAUGAUUAAGGCUGGCAUUCAUGAUCCCUUGGAAUUCCCACUGGCAUUGGAUCAGAUGUUGGAUUGCAAGAUGGCUUUCAAAGUUAAGUGGCAACCACGUUGGAAGAAUGCCUCUGUCGUUAUGCUAUUGAAGAAUGACCCUUUUGUGAAAGAGCUUGCUGAUCAGUUUGACACAGAUGAGAUGAAACAGCCUGCUGUCGAAGCAAUGACCACUAUUCGAUCCGAACCUAAUUUUGUCGUCGUAAGGACGUUUACUUUCAACGAUGAUGUUGCAGACAUGUUACGACAGACAAAGCUUAUAAUAUGGGAUGAGCCACCAAUGGCGCAUAAGUAUGCAAUAGAAUCGCUUGACAGAACUUUGAAAGAUGUUAUGAGUGCAAACAAAAAUUCAAAUGAUGUAUUUGGUGGAAAGGGACAGUCAUUGGAUAACGUUGGUUUGUACUUACCAAAAGAUGUAUUCACACAUGGCCAGAUUUAUGACGCAUUAUCAAGAGUAACAACAAAAAAGAGAAUCAAAAUACUGAUACAUGAUGAAGAAAACAAAUUCAGGGGGAAAACUACAAAUGUUGUGUAUAAAGAGGUUUUUAACAAUGUCUAA